CUGGCGGAUCUCAGUGCUCACUUCACACCAUCCUGACCACUUCAAUUCUCGUGGCUACGGCCCUGUCACUUUUUUUCACAGAUAUUUCAGAGACGGUUUUUGGUAGCUGCGCAUGUGCAUUGUUAAGUUUGGAAUUAUCAUUUCUUCGUAACGUGGAGGUAUGUUUGUAGUAAAAGCUACUGCUUACCUACAGUUACCUAAUGACUGUGUACUCUUGUCCAUAGCAGCCUAAAGGUGCUGCGCGAAGAAAUUCUAAGCUUAAAAUAAUUAUAUGUUUUAAAUUUUAUCUUCUAGAAGUUCUAUGUUACAAGUUUAUUGAAUCUUCCGGUGAUAUUACACUAGAUGCAGAAGAAUGCACACGUCAUAAUACUGACUAUGGGCUAGCAGGUGUAAAUAGCGCCCUCUUACUGGAUGGAAUUGCACAACUUGCAAGGUCAGACAGCAUUGCUGACAGAUAUUGGCUGCGCGUGGGAUCAUCUGUGCAGAACAUCCCAUCAACGACAGGCCCAUGUUCUACUUAUAAAGAUGAUUUUACUCUUAAUGAUAAUGAAUGCACUUACCUUCAGAUUAAGAACGAUGAAUAUGAAAUCAGAAAACGCAUGUGCCGGGAUGCCACAACCAAUGACGGAUUCAUAUGCCAAGGAAGGCUUGAGACAACGCGAGACACACCAACGACAUCAUUGGACAAAAUAUUCACCGGAAGUGACGUCACAACUAAAGUAAAAAUGGCGUCACAGGCUACUUUUAAACAACAGCCAAAUGAUUCUAAAAUGCCGGAUGCUGUUAUACCAAUAUCAAUCGCUUUAGCCGUAGCUGUCGUUUGUAUUGCUGUCUUAGUAGCCAUCAUACUGUUGAAAAGACGAACACCAGACGACAGUGGAUCUGGGACUAAUCCUCAAAAUGAACUUGAAAAACAUGAUCCAGUGAUAAACCAAGUAAACGAACAAGACUGUGCUGAGAGUUCAUCAAGCUUAAAUCAGUAUUCAAAGUAUGAAACUUCUUUACCGGGAGACUAUGCAUACCUCAGUGAUAAUGUGCUCAAGAAUCACGGCCCAGAUUACUGUGUCGUAGAGGGUGACGUUUAUAAUGGGAAAUACGAAUAUCCGAUGUUGCCAUUAUCUGUCGAGAAUUCGAACGCUGAAACUCUUUUAAAUGAUCCUUCUUAUGAUAGUCUUGGCCCCCAUUAUGACGUGUUAAACCGCGAAGAAGAGGGGGAACAAGCGCCAUCUGCUUAUGAUGAUUUAGAGAACGGAACAGAAAUGCCCGAAUAUGAAUAUUCUUAUGCUUAUUAUACUGAUCUUAUAAAGUGAAGUUCUAUAAUUGAUCA